UUGGCGUGAUGGUGGCGGGUCCCGUAAGAGAUGGAUAGCUUCAUAAGGCCUGGCUUCAAUGCUCCUCUCCAUCUCCAUUUGGCUCCGCCCCUACAUUCAACCGGGAAGCAAAGUACCCCGGCUUGUACAUAGACAACUUGCGUUUGCUCUUGCCUCGGUGCGUGCAGGCAGUCAAUUGAGGUCCCCGGUUAGAUACUAGAAAGACAGUCGAACUUGAGCAGGAUAUAUCAGACCACGCCAAACUGUGCAGGAUUGUAUUGUGAGAAGAAUCGCGCGCAACAAGCGAGCAUUGUGGCUCGAAGGAAAGUGCGGUCAGAGCUGACAUCGCAGGUGCAAUGGGGCGAGGGAAUGCAGGCUUGAGCUUGUUAACAAUUGUGUUGCUUGGCUUGUAUGUGGCGUCGACCACGGCACAGACAACUCCGGCCUUGAAUAUCACUUCAAUUCUCGCCAAGUAUCCGAGAUUCAGCGUUCUGAGCGACUUGUUGGUCUCGUCGGGCGUAGAGAAGGAGAUCAACUCCCGAACUUCCAUCACUCUCCUGGCGCCGGCCGAUGCCGUGCUGACGGCCUUUCAGGCCAGCGUGCCCAAUGCCGACACGGUGAAGAUCGCCGACCUCCUGCGCUACCAUGUGCUGCUGCAGUACUUCGACAUGACCGAGCUCAAGGGCCUGGGCACGGUGAACUACAGCUCCGUCACCACGUUGCUGCAAACGACCGGCAGAGCCAACGAGCAAGACGGCUUCGUCAACAUCUACAACACGGCGACGCAGAUCCUCAUCGGGCCCGCGGCGUCGGCGUCGGCCUCGAACGCCACGGUCGUCGGCACCGUGCUGGAGGACCCCUACGACAUAAGCAUCAUCGAGAUCGACCAGGUUCUGAAGCCGGCGGGCUUCGACGCCGUGGAGGGCGACCUCGUCACCGUGCUCGAGUCGUUCCAGACCUUCAGCCUCUUCAUCAGCUACCUCAAGGCGACGGGCGUCGACGGCGUGCUGGCGACGAGGCAGACGAGCGGCGGGCUGACCGUGUUCGCGCCGCGAGACUCCGCCUUCAACGCGCUCAAGUCGGGGUCCAUUCAAACUCUGAGCCCGGGCAAGCAGAAGCUGCUCAUGCAGUACCACGCGCUCACGCAGUACUACACGAUGACCAACUUCCUGUCCAUGGUCGACGCCCCCGUCCAGACCGUCUCCUCCACCGUCGGCGGCGGCUACCUCAUGAACAUCACCUCCAAAGCCUCCACCGUCACCAUCAAGACGGGCGUCGGCAAUGCCACCGUCGGCGAGGUUCUGUACAAUGCCAAUCCUGUCACCAUGUACGCGAUCGACAAAGUUCUCCUGCCCACGGAGCUGUUCGGCACGCCCGACCAGCUCAGCCCGGCCGAAGCUCCCACGCCGACUCCCGACGCCGCUCCCGCCCCGACGCCCAAGGCCUCCGCGCCCGUGCCCCCGGCGGCAGAGACGCCAACAAUCCUGCUAGAACCUGAGGUCCCUCCCGCCUCGACCAAUCCCAACGCUGCCAGCGUGGCUGGAGUCAGCGGAGCCCUGUCAGCCGCUGUGCUGAUCGUAUCAUCCAUCGCGGCCUUCCUUUAAGUGGCUGCGACGCCGUUGGCUCGAUCGGCCUGUUCGCUUGCACCGUUCUUCGCUGGAAUGGUUGCAGAGUCAGGCAUAAGGUGGCAUGAAUUUCCAUGAGCACAAAAUGGCAUGCCCUUCAUUCAAGCACUAACAAAAACAAUUCAAUUCUUGCCAUGAUUUGGCUUUUCCUAAAGGUCUCGUACUGGAAAUUCAGGGUACGGAAUAUGUCCAAUCUUGAUCCGGCCUUUUAGAACACUCUGCGUUGAUUGCUGCAAAGGCCGAAGAAGAGUUCGGUCGGUUGAAGACUGAGAAAGCUCGAGCAGUUUUCCGACCGUACUUUCAGAACAAGCUGUUACGUUAAUUGUAGGUAGUGUUCCAAAAACGAUUUCCUGGAACCAUUUGCAGUAUCAGAUAUCGGUGAUUGUAUAACAUCUUAGAGGUUUGGGACUUUUUAAACGUGCAUUCUUCGUCACGAUUGCUGUCAUUGUCAGGUGACUGUGACAGUGUGUUCCCUCAUGUUCAAGGUUAGUCUUCAAUAUGCUGUAUUUUUCUGGAGUUGACCAUCCAUAUUCAAUAAACGUUGCUGGUAAUGUUCAGCUGAUCGUGCAUCUC